AUGACCAACAAUAAUGAUGGAACACCAAACAUAAACGUAGACCCACAAAUCAAAGCUUAUAUCGACGAAGCUUGCCAGAAGACAAUAACAGUCCUUGUCGAUAAAGUAAAAGAAAUGAUAAACCAACAGGUGCAAAAUCAACAACAAUGGAAUGAACAACUUGAACAAGCCAACUGGACAGGCACGGAAAGACAAUUCAACAACAACCAGCAUACAGAAGAAGAUUUGACCUCUCCGGCUACUGUGAACUCAACAGACACAAGAGAAACUACACAUCAAGAUAAUUACCCACCUACCCCAGCUCUCAAUGAAUUGAUAGAAAAUAUGAUGCCGCUGGAGACAACAACACAAACGAAGAACAAGUGUAUGAACAGAGAUAACCUUGAGCAAAUAGAUAGACCAUUGGUUAUCAAAAAUAAGAAACAGAAACAGCGUGGCAUGAGGGCAAGGAGAUUUGUAUCAACUGGAACCGAAGAUACUGCCAUGACAAAAGGAAGUGUAGUCAGCAAUACUUCAUCAUAG